AUGUCACUGACUCAAGUCCAUAAAUCUCUCCCUUGCCCCUCUCUCCCCUUGUAUGGUGCACCCUCCCGUCCCCUUCCAGGCACCCCACCACCCCUCAAGGCAGAGGUGGUUUUGCUGUGCAAGGCGGAGGUGGCAGUGCUGUGCAAGGUGCGUCAUCGCAACCUGGUGGCACUGCUGGGGCAUGUUAUGGACCAUCACGAGCGCCUGCUCGUGUUUGAGUUCAUGGAGCUGCACCUCUUUGACCCCACCCGCCACGGCCACCGCCCGCUGACGUGGACGGAGCGGCUGGUGGUGGCGGUGGACGUGGCGAGGGGCGUGGAGUACCUUCACAGCCUGGCGGGCGGGCGAGACUCCAUCGUGCACCGCGACUUAAAGCCCGCCAACGUGCUUCUGGACGGCCGGCGCCGCGCCAAGGUGGCCGAUUUUGGCCUGGCGAAGCUAUUGCUGCGACCGGUGCUGCCGCCCGGGGGAGGUUCGGGGAGGGAGGGGGGUUGUGGCAGAGGGUUGGAUUCGGAGAUUGCUCCGUCGGUUGAGACGCGAUUGGCUGGCACGUUUGGGUAUCUGGCGCCCGAAUACGCAGCCAUGGGCCGAGUGACAACACGCUCGGACGUGUACAGCUUUGGCGUUAUCCUCAUGGAACUGUUCACUGGGCGGCGAGCAGUGGACACAUCCCGGCCCGAUCUGUCAGCGCAUCUAGCCACGUUCCUCCUCCCCAUCAUCCCCGACCGCUCCAAGCUUGCCCAGGUGGUGGACCCUGCCAUAGCAGCAGGCAUGGCGGAUCAGGCCAGUCAGGCGUUUGCCUCGCUGUGCACGGUGGCAGAUCUGGCGCUGCACUGUGUGGCUGCUGACCCACGCCAGCGGCCCUCCAUGACAGACGUGGUCACGGUGCUCGCGCCACUCGUCAGAACCUGGACCCCUACGGAGGUCGUUCAUGCCCAGCAGCAGGGGGAGGGUGAGACAAUGGGGAUGACUCUGGAUGUUGCAGUGCAGUACUGGAAGAGCCUUGAUGAGCAGGGUUCAUCAGGCAGCUAUGGUUACACAUACGGAAGGAGCCAGGAUUACAAACACAGUCAGGGUCUUGCAGACAGUAGCAGCUCAGAGUUUCAUGAGAAGGUUGGGGUUUAUGGCAGCAGCAGCGAUGAAGCAUGUGGCAUCCACAGCAACUUCUCACCAGUCUUCCAAUCCAAUGAGUGCAGUGCUUCAAGGCCGCGAGCAGCAACAAGUGGUGGAGCAAGAGGAGCAUAUGCUGUUGCUGUCAUCACGUGCUGGAGGGAAAGUGAAUGA